AUUCGUUUGUAGGGUAAGGAAAGGAAGAAAGGAGAGCGAGCCAGCCUACACUCCAAGUCACAUUGCAUUUCGUCAGCUUUGAGCGAGCGGCGAGGAUGUCUGGCUGUCUGGCUGGCCAGACAAAGCGAGCGCGAUGGCCGCCGCCGCUUCGUGAUCUCUACGUGAGCGUCGGCUUGGCGAGCUUGACUCUCGUCCUGUCCGUGCACUUGCUUCCCGCCGCCCUUCAUCUCGCUCAGUGUCAGCAAGCCCUGGCAACACGCUUUCACUCAAUCGCUUGCUCCCACUCACGCGACUGACUGUCGAACAGUGACAAGAUACCAUCGAGUAAUUCAAUAAUGAUAGAGAUGCAAAGCCG